GUUAAAGCCCAUGGUUUCCUCCUGAAACGCAGCCUCAGUUGUUUGUCAACAGAGAUGGACCAUUUGUGUAACCAAUGGGAAACAUAACAAUCCUUAUAUAGAUUGUAUUUCUCCGAAACCAAACGCACCUUAUUAAGCAAGUGCAAACUCAACACGGGUCCUUUUUGUUUUUGACAGAAUAUAGAGGACAACAUGGUGGUCGGAUCUCGUUGCUGCCUCCUAAUCCUUUGGCUUGCUCUGGCCACAGUACCGAGCCCGCUGUUCGGGAUGGGUGAAGACUUCGACCGGCCUCUGAUCGGGCCUCCCGGAUCUCCUAUCCGUUUGCACGAUUCUGACCCGGGCUUAAAGAAGGCACUGUUUUUCGCGGAAGAACGAUACAACCGGGGCUCCAACGCCAUGCACCUUCGCAGAGUCAGCCGCUUAGUCUCUGCCACCAAGCAGUUGGUCAAGGGAAUUCGUUACACUUUAACAGUGGAACUCAGCAACACACAGUGUAAGAAAUCCACCAUACUGAGGACAUGUGACUUCUAUCCUGAUCCGGAGCAACUCAAGACAGAGGUUUGCUUAUUUGAAGUAUGGGACAUUCCAUGGCAGGGCACUUCAACCUUGCUCAAACAGAAGUGCCAGCCUAAAGUUGAUGCUGAAGUAGAGGAGACCAACAAAGUGGAGGAUCUAACCCCCAUCAAGCCCCUGGAGGAGUCAGUGCAGCUGCUGGGCCAGUUCAAAGAGUUCAUGGUUAAAUACAACAAGGUCUACAGCAGCCAGGACGCAGAAGCCGACAAACGUUUGCGAAUCUUCCACGAGAACCUGAGGACGGCUGAGAAGCUCCAGUCUUUGGAUCAGGGCUCAGCCGAGUACGGCGUCACCAAGUUCAGCGACCUCACUGAGGAGGAGUUCCGCUCCACAUACCUGAACCCGCUCCUGAGUCAGUGGACUCUCCAUCAGCCCUUGAAACCAGCUUUCCCAGCUAAAAGCUCCGCCCCCGACAGUUGGGAUUGGCGGGAUAAGGGAGCUGUCAGUUCUGUUAAGAACCAGGGUAUGUGUGGAUCCUGCUGGGCCUUUUCUGUCACAGGAAACAUUGAAGGGCAGUGGUUCUUAAAAAACGGAACUUUGCUGUCACUUUCUGAACAAGAACUAGUUGACUGUGAUGGGCUGGACCAGGCAUGCAGAGGGGGGCUGCCUUCAAAUGCUUACCAAGCUAUAGAGAAGCUUGGUGGUCUGGAGACUGAAACAGAUUACUCCUACACUGGGCACAAGCAGAGGUGCGACUUCACCGACGGAAAGGUGGCAGCCUACAUCAACAGCUCUGUGGAGCUGUCCAAAGAUGAGACGGAAAUUGCAGCCUGGUUGGCUGAGAAUGGACCCGUCUCUGUAGCUCUGAAUGCCUUUGCAAUGCAGUUCUACAGGAAGGGUGUGUCUCAUCCAUUGAAGAUCUUCUGUAACCCUUGGAUGAUCGACCACGCCGUGCUGCUGGUGGGAUAUGGAAAGCGUAAUGGGAUCCCGUUCUGGGCAAUCAAAAACAGCUGGGGAGAGGAUUAUGGAGAGCAGGGUUACUACUACCUUUACAGAGGGUCCAAUGCAUGCGGCAUCAACAAGAUGUGCUCUUCUGCUGUGGUCAACUGAACUAGCUGCUCAUCUGAACACACACAUCUUUAUGCCAUGUGCAAUGCAUCUGUGUCACUACCCACACCAGCAUUUCUGCAUACUGCUCGGAGAUCAAAGUGAAGAAACGUGAUGUCCUUUUGAUGAUUCUUCUCCGUUAAACCUGGUCUUGUAUUUUAACCUAAUGUCACCUCGUGUCACUUUAAGAAAUCAUACCAGCUCUGAUAAAGCUAGCUUCAAUGUGAUCCCGGUAUUUUGCAGUAUUUUAAACUGGAUUAUAUGUCCACAUCUUCAUUCCGUUAUUCCAGCAGGUUACAUUGACUGUGCGGGCAGUAUUGGUUGUAACAUUUAUCUUCUAACAAUACUAACUUUUAACUGAGCCGUAUUUUGGAGUCUUACUAACUGUAGUUAGACUUCUUUUUGGUCAACUUUCUUGGAAGUUUUGUUUGUAGUGUUUAACUUUUCUGUGAAGAAUUUGUUUCCCUUUAAAUCAUGAUAAUAAAAAAAAAGAUAAUCAUGAUAAUAACAAUCAUGAUAAUACCAACUGCUGUUAAAGUGAAAUAAUGGAUGAUGAAUGAAUAAAAGGAGUGAUAUACCAAUUGUUUGUUACAAGCAUUUUUUUAAACAUGUAAACUUUAAUGUAUCUGCUGAAAUAAAUUUCUCCUAAUUUUAGUGGUUACAUUUUUCUAUGCAAUCUUUAGUCACAAACAUACGGUGGCUGAGAAGUGCAAAACACAUUUACAAUAAAUAAAAAAAACGUUGAAAAUUAAAAAACAAAAUAACAUUGCAAGAUACACAUUCACGAUUAAAGAAACACAUCCAUCCAUUUUGUGAACUGCUUAUUCCCAAAUCGUUGACAUCAACAAAUGAACACACAAUAUAGCAUUUUAAGAAACAAAUUAAUUU